AUGGAGCCGUCGGGGCCCUUCCACGACUCCGGCGUGGGCGAUCUGGACGCCGAGGAGCCGCGCUGCCCGGUCCCGCCCUCGGGGGACGAGCCGCGCCCGCCCGCCGCGCCCCCCAGCCUGGCCCCGGCGGCGGCGGCGGCGGCGGCGGGCCCCCUGCGGGCUCCACCCCCGGUGGCCGCCCUCCGCCCUGCCUCCCGCCAAGGCAGCCAGCCCAAUGUGAGCGGCGAGCACUGGGCGGCCCCGGCGGGCCACUCGCCCAGCUCGAGCGGCGGCGGGGGCGCCGGCGGCGGCGGAGCGGGCAAGCACCGGCAGGCCAGCCCCUUGGCGCACCGGCGGGACAGCAACCCCUUCACCGAGAUCGCCAUGAGCUCCUGCAAGUACAGCGGCGGCGUCAUGAAGCCGCUCAGCCGCCUCAGCGCCUCCCGUCGGAACCUGCUGGACGCCGAGCCCGAAGCGCAGCCGCUGCAACUUUUGGGCGCCGGCGGCCACCCGCCCGAGAUCGUCAUCUCCCGGGAGGACAACCACUCGCCCCAAGGGCUGCUCCACCCGCACCCCAACGCCGCCGGAGCCGGCCCGGCGGGAGGCGGCCACAAGCACCCCCCCGCCGGCGGGCCGUCCUUCGCCAAGGCGCCCAAGCGCAAGAACCAAAACAUUGGCUACCGCCUGGGCCACCGGCGCGCCCUCUUCGAGAAGCGCAAGCGGCUCAGCGACUACGCGCUCAUCUUCGGCAUGUUCGGCAUCGUGGUGAUGGUCAUCGAGACGGAGCUGUCGUGGGGCUUGUACUCCAAGGGUUCCAUGUUCUCUCUGGCACUGAAAUGCUUGAUCAGCCUCUCCACUGUCAUUUUGCUGGGCCUCAUCAUUGCCUACCACACCCGAGAAGUUCAGCUCUUCGUGAUUGACAACGGCGCUGACGACUGGCGGAUCGCGAUGACCUACGAGCGCAUCCUCUACAUCAGUUUGGAGAUGGUGGUCUGCGCCAUCCAUCCCAUCCCUGGGGAGUACAAGUUUUUUUGGACGGCCCGGCUGGCCUUCUCGUACACGGCUUCGCUGGCGGAGGCCGACGUGGAUAUUAUCCUCUCGAUCCCCAUGUUCCUACGCCUCUACCUAAUCGCCCGCGUGAUGCUCUUGCACAGCAAGCUCUUCACGGACGCCUCCUCCCGCAGCAUCGGCGCCCUGAACAAAAUCAAUUUCAACACCCGCUUUGUCAUGAAGACCCUCAUGACAAUCUGUCCCGGGACGGUCUUGCUGGUAUUCAGCAUCUCCUUGUGGAUUAUCGCUGCCUGGACGGUGCGCGUGUGUGAGAGGUACCAUGACCAACAAGAUGUUACCAGCAACUUCCUGGGUGCCAUGUGGCUCAUCUCCAUCACCUUCUUGUCCAUCGGCUAUGGCGACAUGGUUCCGCACACAUACUGUGGCAAGGGCGUCUGUCUGCUCACGGGCAUCAUGGGGGCCGGCUGCACUGCCUUGGUGGUGGCUGUCGUGGCCCGGAAGUUGGAACUCACCAAAGCCGAGAAACACGUGCACAACUUCAUGAUGGACACGCAGCUCACCAAGCGGAUCAAAAACGCCGCCGCCAACGUCCUGCGGGAAACCUGGCUCAUCUACAAACACACCAAAUUGCUGAAGAAGAUCGAUCACGCCAAAGUCCGGAAGCACCAGAGGAAGUUCCUCCAAGCCAUUCACCAGCUAAGGAGCGUCAAGAUGGAGCAGAGAAAGCUGAGCGAUCAAGCCAACACCCUGGUCGAUCUUUCCAAGAUGCAGAAUGUUAUGUACGACCUCAUCACGGAGCUGAACGACCGGAGCGAAGACCUGGAGAAACAGAUCGGGGGCCUGGAGUCCAAACUGGAGCAACUGGCCACCAGCUUCAACUCCCUGCCCUUGCUGAUCACGGACGCUCUGCGCCAGCAGCAGCAGCAGCUCCUUGCCACGAUCAUCGAGGCUCGGGGGGUGAGCAUGGGCGUGGGCGCCCCUCAGACUCCUCUCUCUGACAGCCCCCUCGGAGUCAGCUCCACCUCUUUCCCUACUCCCUAUACCAGCUCCAGUAGUUGUUGAAUUGCAGCGAGAGCACCGGGGAAUCCACCGCGGGAUGGAGGGGGGUCUUCUCCGCGUAAGGGCAACUCGAUCCUCGUCCAAAGGGCGCUCAGCAUCCAGGUGCGCGGGACCGCCCGCGAAGCGGAAGGACGUGGACUCAGCUUUGGUGCCUGUG